UAUCAACGAAAGGAAGGAUAUUUAUUUUACCGUUACGACAACUACGUCUAUUUCUUCGAAGGAUAACUCGUCGAACUUUCUUCCUCUACGAGAAGAAGUUCCUUCAAAUUCAACAAUAAGAAUCGUCGCACUGUCACGGGGAAAACAUCAUCAUCAUCAUCAUCAUCAUCAGAUGCGGUGUCAAACGAGGAACGUUCUAAACAAAGGAUUACAAGAAGAAACGCAGAAGGAAAUAGUAUGAUCACGGCGAUAUGAGAAGAAGCGACGAAUUACUUCGAAGUAGAAAAUUUCGAAUGAUUCUAAAACGUUCAGGCGAAUCGUAAAGGUAUAGGCUAAUUAUGGAUGACAUAAAGGUGCCUAAUUUAGGACAGGCUGCAUCGGCCGCAUGUUCAAUGGCUACGAAUUUCUUAGCGCCAGUAAAAACCGAACAACAAAUUUACGAAAAUUCAAUGCUCGAAGAUGAUCCCAAUGCCAAUUCGGUGGUACCCACUUCUAAUGAAGAUAGGAUAUUACCGAGAUGGGGUCCUAGUCAUAAAGGUGCACAAGAAUUAGCAAAUCUUUACAGUAGCGGAAAAAGAACGCAGGAAUGUAUAUGCGUUGGUAUUUGUAUCACGCUGGUAGCAGUAAAUUCAUUGUUCAUCCUGGUCAGAUUAAAACUUGAAAAUUUAAGUUCGAUAAUAGUAGCAGCAUUAUGUGGAAUCAUCACGGCGGAUUUUGGAUCUGGAGUAGUUCAUUGGGCUGCUGAUACAUGGGGUUCUGUCGAACUUCCCAUUCUGGGGAAGAAUUUUUUAAGGCCUUUUCGUGAACAUCACAUCGAUCCAACCAGUAUAAUGAGACACGAUUUUAUUGAAACGAACGGUGACAAUUGUAUGGCUACCAUACCAUUCCUUUCCAAAUUAACAUGGGACUUUCUUACUUUAUCAGAGCCGGAAAUCGAGCAGAAGUUUCUUUGGACAUGUUAUUGGUUUUUACUUGCAAUUUUUGUAGCAAUGACUAAUCAGAUUCAUAAAUGGUCACAUACAUAUUUCGGACUUCCUCCUUGGGUAGUUUGGCUACAGGAACAUAGAGUAAUUUUACCAAGAAAACACCAUCGGGUGCAUCAUGUUGCACCGCAUGAAACAUAUUUUUGCAUUACUACUGGCUGGUUAAAUUGGCCAUUAGAGAAACUCCGGUUUUGGUAUAUUUUAGAAAUCAUUAUUGAAAAAUUAACUGGUUGUAAGCCUAGAGCUGAUGACCUAAAAUGGGCACAGAAGAGGUCUUGAGAUUUAAUGUGGUUUUUCUUAGCUCUGCAUUUUAGUGGAUAUUCAAAAAAUGUAAUAUAGCAUCAUAUAUUCAAGGGACUGAAAUAACAUCGAACUGGCUAGUAACAGAAAUGGAAAUUUAUGCACGGACAAUAGUAAAAGCUUGAGUGAUACACAUAAAAAUGAUAUUAAAUCUAUAUAGUUUUUUUAUACUAGUACUAUGAGGCCUUUGAAACAAAAUAAAAAGUGUAGAGGGACUAGGAAUAAAUAGUAUUACUUAAAUAUGCUUUUAAACUUUACACAUUUAUAAUACGUACAUGCAAUAAUAUAUGUACAUAUAUAAGACAAAUGUAAUAUUGUAACGUUAUAUAUGUCAUAUAAAACUUGAUAAUUGGCCUGUUGUACUGUAUUACGAAAUUUGUUGCAUAGCACAAUGAUUCCACAAAGAGCACAUAGCUCAUUGGAUUUUGGUAUAAAAAAUUUACAAUUAAUUAUAUUAUGAAAUAUCUUUAAGCAAACACAGGAAAAGUAAAGUCAAAAUUAAAAAUAAAAAACUAAACUGUCUUAUAUUCUUAAUGUGUUUUGUAAGCACAUAUGUCCAGUGAUGAAAGUAGAAAGAAAUAUAUAUGUAUAUAUAU